AUCAAAUACUCUGCCGCCGCAGCUGCAGAGGAAGAGGAACAAAUAAAGCACAGCCCUUCUUCCAGUCAAGCGCACGCCGCCGCGCAGCUCGCUAUAGUCGCCGGGCAAUGGAUUCCGGCAGCAGCACGGAGAUCGCCUUCGAGUGCAGCUCCUUCCGGCUAUACAAGGACGGCCGCGUCGAACGCAGCGCCCAACGCCUAGAGACCGUGCCCGCCGGCUUCGACCCCGACAACACGGGCGUCGCCUCCAAGGACGUCGUCAUCGACGCCGCCACCGGCGCCACCGUGCGGCUCUACCUGCCUCCCGUCCAGGACCAGGAGGCUGCGAAGACCAAGCUCCCGAUCCUCGUCUUCUUCCACGGCGGCUACUUCAUCGUCGGCUCGGCCGCCGAGCCCAUGUACCACCGCUACGUCAACUCGCUGGUCGCCAGGGCGGGCGCCGUCGCCGUCUCCGUCCAGUACCGCCUGGCCCCCGAGCACCCCCUCCCGGCAGCCUACGACGACUCCUGGGCCGCACUCGAGUGGGCGGUCUCCGGCGCGGACCCAUGGCUGGCCGACCACGGCGACCUCGGCCGCGUCUUUCUGGUCGGCGUCAGCGCCGGCGGGAACAUCGUCCACAACAUGGCCAUCGACGUGGGCGUCAGCGGCUUGCCAUCAGCCGUCGAGCCACCGCGCGUGGAAGCCGUGAUCCAGCUCCACCCUUCCUUCUCCGGUGAACGGAGGAUGGAGGAAGAGGAUGAGGCGUUCUGGCGAGCCAACAAUGACAGGUGGGCGAUCAUCUUCCCGAGCGCGAGGGGCGGGGUGGAGGAUCCGAGGAUUAACCCGACGGCCGCCGGCGCGCCGAAUCUGACGAAGCUGGCUGGCCAGAGGCUGCUUGUGUGCACGGCGUCGGAGGACCCGAGGGCGCUGAGGGCAAAGGCCUGCUGCGACGCGGUGCGGGAUAGCGGCUGGGGCGGGGAGGCAGAAUGGUUCGAGUCGGAAGGCGAGGACCAUGGCUUCUUCGUCCUCAGGCCCGGUAGCAGCACGGCGGCUGCUCUGAUGGAUCGAGUGGUAGCUUUCCUUGCUGGCCAUUGACUGGCCAGCGACCGCAACCACAAGUGUUUGCCUCUGCUUGCUACUACCCAGUACCCACAGGCCAAAGUGCAUUCCAGCGCUGCCAUGCCAUUGUCUUCUGUUUGAAUUUUUGGAAUAGAAUCAUCGCCCAUGAUGAAGUAAAACGAAUGGAGUCAAACCUGCUUGCAUUUGGUACGAAGAAACAACCAUUGCUUAAGUUCA